AUGAAUUGCCCCGAUGAAAAUGACGUGAAGGCGAUGUGUGCGUGGGAGACACGCAAUACGACUGAAGAGGAGCAGGUGGAGUAUUGGAGAAGGAUGCACAUGCACAUGGAUGACGUCGGACCGAUUCCACGAUGCAUCUUCGAUGAUAAUAAAUAUAAAAACCGCGUGGAGGAAAUCAAGGACAUCCUGGCAGGUAUCGACGCUUCAAAUGCUGUACAUUAUGGGAUGGUUGGAGGCAUGGGAAUGUGGCCCUCGAAUGACGCACCUCACAAACUUGUGAAAGUUCUCAGAUUAAUAACACAAGGCGAUGUUGAGGCGUUUGUUAACCUGCCGGUCUGUUUUUCCAUUGGAAGCAAAUUAAUUGGAAGGUUGCUCGAGGUGGAUGAGGAGAAUGACAUUAUUUUUCGACUAUUGAAGUACCGGAGAGUGUUAUUGCCGGAACUUUUGGAGCGGUGCACUCUGCUCGCAUUUCUGAGUAGAGGCUUUGUGUAA